GAUUCUGGUGCGAUAUUUACAUUUGGAAAAAGUAAAUUUGCAGAGAACUGUCCCAGCAAGUUUUGGUUAAAAAACAACAAGCCUGCAAACAUAUCAUGUGGGGAUGAGCACUCCGUUUUGGUUACAGAAAAUGGCAAGCUGUAUGUGUUUGGCAGCAACAUCUAUGGACAGCUGGGUAUCGGCUCUGAAAAUGUCAUCAGCACACCAAGAUGUGUCAAAGCCUUGAAAUCAGAAAAAGUUAAAUUUACUGCUUGUGGGAGAAAUCACACCUUGCUCUGUACAGUACAAGGAAAGGUUUACUCUUCUGGAUGGAACAGUGAAGGACAGCUGGGACUUGGUGACACUACUGAAAGGGCAAGCUUUCAUGAAAUCUCCAUCUUCUACUCUCAGUAUAAAAUCAAACAGCUGUCGGCUGGAUCCAAUACAUCAGCUGCCUUAACUGUGGAUGGGAAGCUUUUCAUGUGGGGUGAAAAUUCAGAAGGUCAACUUGGCCUCGCUAAUGAAAAAACAGUCUGCAGUCCUCACCAAGUGGAUAUUGGAAAGCCGAUUAUUUGGGUCUCCUGCGGCUAUUACCACUCGGCAUUCGUUACACAGGAUGGAGAGUUAUACACUUUUGGGGAACCUGAAAAUGGAAAGCUUGGUCUUCCUGUGGAGAAACUGGACAAACACAGACAACCUCAACAUGUCCCGGGGAUAUUUGGGAAGGUGAAGAUGGUUUCCUGUGGUGGAGGGCACACCAUUGCAGUCACAGACACAGAAGUCUAUACAUUUGGUCUUGGACAGUUUGGACAACUAGGACAUGGCACUUUUAUUUUUGAAACGCCUACACCCAAAGUAGUGGAGGCUCUGAAGCCACACAGAGUUCGAUAUGUUGCUUGUGGGGAAAACCACACUGCAGUAAUUACAGAUAAGGGCCUUCUUUAUACCUUUGGUGAUGGAAGAUAUGGCAAGCUUGGAUUAGGAGAAGAGAAUUUCACUAACCAGUUUUCACCUACAUUGUGUAUGAACUUUCUAAAGUUCACCGUCCAGUCGGUGGCAUGUGGUGGUUGUCAUAUGCUUGUCUUUGCUAUACCCAGACCUAAAGAAUCUGAAACUGUCUUUGUUGAUGAGCUAAAGGAAAAUUAUUUAAUGGUAAAUGGAGAUGGUAACAAAUCUACAACAUUGCAGAGAUCUCCCUCUGCUCGUGUUAGACGAAGAGAAAAGAAACAAACAGGCGAUCCGAUCCGUGAUUUGACUCGUACAUUACCACCUUUAAAUGGCAAUUUACUGGAAUCUUUCUUGCCUGUUACUAGCAAAACUGUUCCACCAGGUCUUCUCAAAGUAAGAAAAGCUAGUACUGAAUCCAGUGCCAACGACUCAUCAGCAGUUUCAAAGUCUGAGGGAAAAAGUCAGAAGGACUUGGUAAAAAGUUUUUCUGCAGAUGACUCUGAUAAUGUGAGCCGGCAGAGUUUUGGGGGUACAACAGAUAUUUUAAACAUGACCCAUGCCAUAAGCACAACGCCUGAUGGCAGUACUUUCUCUCCAGUUCAGAAAAGAAAGGAGGAGGAAGAGGAGGCUGAAGGAGAGGAAAAUGAGGAAGAGGAAGCUGAAGAAGAGGAAAAUGAGGAGGAGGAAGCUGAAGAAGAAGAAGAAAAUGAGGAGGAGGAGGAAAUAGCAGAAGGAGAAAAUGAAGAGGAAACAGAAGAUGAGGAGGAGGAAGAAGAAGAUGAAGAUGAGGAGGAGGAGGAAGAAGGAGAGGAUGAGGAGGAUGAUGAUGAGGAGCAAGAUGAUGAAGAAGAGGAGGAAGAAGAAAAAGAUAAAGAAAAUUUAAAGAAAAACAAAGACAAAAAAACAGAAAAGGGAAAAGGGGAGAUAGAGAAGAAGGCCAAUGAGAAGAAAAAAAUCAAUCCAGUAAAACUACAAAACAAACUGGUAAGCAAAAAAAGAAUGUUAAAAAUAUUAGGAAACAUGACCUUGAGGAAUAUGAAUCUACAAAAUCAGAAAAGUCUGCAAAAUUGAAGAAUCUGGACCCCUCAAC